UCGUUUUCAUAGACGCGUGUGAGUCUUUGGGAUAUGGAAAGCCCAACAAAGCCAGUCUCUUCUUCACUUCCGGAACUCGACCUGUUGAUCGGAAGAUCUAAACAUGGAACUGUUCCAUCGAGCAUAUUUUUGUAUGGUCCUCGUUCCUCUGGGAAGUCUUAUUACAUAAACCAGUUUUUUGGUUCCACUGGAAUCACGCAUGUGAGGAUUCAGUCGCAAUUCUGCAAUUUUAAAAAGGAUUUCGAGGAGCUGAUUAUUGCCAAAAUUAUGGCCUUGAUGGAAAAUGAGGCAUUUGCUCGGCCAAUCACCGACCCCAAAGAGAAAAUGCUGUGCAUGGAAUUCAACCCCGACUUGACCCGUGCCCUGAAUCCCUUCAUCUUGACCAAACGCAAAUUGUGUCUGGUCUUCGAAGACGCCGAGUCCUUCGUGUACCUCGACAAAAAAGACGCUCUUUCCUAUUUACUCUCUUUGCAAGAAAUCACCUGUCGAAACGUUUGCGUCAUCCUCGUCUCGAAACUCCCCUGGGAAAAGUUCAUGACUCGCAAAGUCGCCUCUGUUCCUCUUUCAAUCACUGUGCCACCUUUAACAGAGGAUCAAGUGAUUGGGAUCGUGUGUCAAUCCGUGGUUUUGGAAGGCGUCGACCCGAAAUUACUGAAGGCGUUGCUCCGGAACGUCGUCAAGUCUGUGUUUUCGAUAACGAGGAAUGUGAGACAGAUUGUUGGCAUUGCGAAAAGUGUUGCUGGCGUGUGUAAUGGGAAGUUGGUGAAGAUGUGUUUGGAGAGGACUAAUGAUGAUGAUGAUGGGGAGCCGACGGAAGAAGAGGUUAUGAAGAUUUGGUCUUUUGCUUCCCCGCAUAUUAAAAAGGCUGUAAUGGAUAUUCACUUGAGAAUGCUUGAUACUAGGAGUUCUGCGAUUCAAGAUGCUGGAGUGGAAUUGCCCAUGUUGGGAAAAUUCUUGUUGAUCGCCGCAUUCAUUGCUUCUUACAAUUCACCUAAAUGGGAUAAAAUAUUUUUCUCGAAGCGUCACAAGGAAAAUCACAGGAGGACGAAAUUUGCUGCAGACAAGAAAUAUGCCCCCGACAAUGGACCUCAGUAUUUCACCAGAAGCCGAUUGCUUGCCAUUUUCAAGAACAUUUUUGAGACCUCCAACCCGGAAGAGGAUGUUGUGGAUGUAAUUGGCGAUUCCGGGUUGCUUCCGUUGAUAAAAUCCAUGGAAAGAUCCAACUUGAUUUACAGAGGAAGUGCUGAUCUUUUGCUGAAUCCCAAGUACAAAUGCGUUGCUUCCGGCAGACGUGUAACGGAAAUUGCCAAGCAGGUGGGUGUGAACUUGUUUGGAUACAUGAAAUACGUUCCUGAUACUUGAUGCGUCACAAGUGUUUUUUUUAUACUUUCUUGUACUUUGAAAACAAUAAAUUCGUGUUUGCUCA